GGAAUGCAGUCGGAUUUUUGGUGAAGAUGGUCUGACGCUGAAACUCUUUCUUAAAAGGACUGCUCCCUUUUCUAUUCUGUGGACUUUGACUAACUACCUGUAUUUACUGGCUUUAAAGAAGCUGACAGCCACAGACGUCUCUGCCCUGUUCUGUUGUAACAAAGCUUUUGUCUUCUUGCUUUCUUGGAUUGUGCUGAAAGACAGGUUCAUGGGAGCAAGGAUAGUUGCGGCAAUAAUGGCAAUCACAGGAAUCGUAAUGAUGGCAUAUGCAGAUGGUUUCCAGGGUGAUUCAAUUAUUGGGGUAGCAUAUGCUGUUGGAUCAGCCUCUACGUCUGCAUUGUAUAAGGUUUUGUUCAAAAUGUUUCUUGGAAGUGCAAACUUUGGGGAAGCAGCUCAUUUUGUUUCUACCCUGGGCUUCUUCAAUUUAAUUUUCAUCUCUGUUACCCCAAUCAUACUGUAUUUUACAAAAGUGGAGUACUGGUCCCCGUUCUCUGCCGUGCCAUGGGGUUACCUGUGCGGAGUAGCUGGCCUCUGGUUAGGUAUGUGA